CAUGAAAAUGCUCCAGGCCCAGUUAAUAGAACCAUGCAAGAUCUUCUUCCAGGUUCUCCAGAACUGUUGGAGCAAUCAAAGCCUUCAGAAACUACUAUAAUCUGGAAACAAACCCAGCUUCCAUCUGGUUUUCUUCCUGGUCUGGAAUACUUAAGACAGUUGGAUCAGAUUAUUAUUCACCAGCAAGUAGAACUUCUCCAAGUUAUACUCAGAACUGAAACCUGCAGCAAAUAUGAGAUAAAAAACCACAUGGGGCAAAGAGUUUAUUUUGCUGUGGAAGAAAAUGGUUUCUUUGAUCGGAACUUCUGUGCACCAUUACGGUCCUUCACCAUAAGGAUCACAGACAACACUGGUCAAGAGGUGAUCACUGUGAAGAGACCUUUAAGAUGUAGUAGCUGCUGGUUUCCAUGUUAUCUUCAACAGUUAGAAGUUCAGUCACCUCCUGGAACCACAAUUGGCUACGUUGUGCAGCAAUGGGACCCACUGCUACCAAUAUUUACAAUCAGGAAUGGGAAUAACGAAGAUGUGUUGAAGAUCACAAGUCCUUAUGUCACAUGCGGUUGCUUUGGAGAUGUUGAUUUUGAGGUAAAAUCUGUAAAUGAUAUGUCAACUAUUGGCAAGAUUUCCAAGUAUUGGUCAGGAUUUGUCAAUGACAUAUUUACUAAUACAGCCAACUUUGGCAUUCAUAUUCCUGUGGACCUUGAUGUAAAAAUCAAAGCUGUGAUGAUUGGUGCUUGCUUUCUCCUAGACGUAAUGUUCUUUGAGAAUUCCUUGGAUGGAUUGUAA